CUUUCUUCUUUGCUGUCUCCAUUGUUCAUUGAACAAAUUGCAAAAGAUUCACCAACACAGAUGUCCAGAAGACUGUGGAAUUUUUGCGAUGAAAACAGACGACUUAAUAGCUGGCCACCAUGCUGUCCCAAAAUGUCCUCUACAAUCCGUGACAUCACGCGCAGACAUCAUCAUACCGAGACGUUUUCAGCAGGAUAUUUCGCGCAAAAUUUAAAAUUGCACUUUAGUAAGCUAACCCAGCCACAUUGGCAUGUGUUGCAAAGUUAAGAUUUCAUCAUUGAUAUAUAAACUAUCAGACUGCUUGGUCGGUAGUAGUGGGUUUCAGUAGGCCUUUAAGCUUCAAGGGAAUGCAGGUUAUUUGCUGUAAUUGAGGUGAUCACUAUUAGUUUAGCCGAGGAUGGAUACACAUCAUUAGCUGCUAGCCACUUGUCAGCCGGAGAGGAUGUGUUUUUUUCACAAAUAACUCGAUAUCAAUCAACCCCGAGAAGAAAGAAGAUGUACUCCUUUCUGACACCAUGGAAAGAACUUGACUCGUCCUUUAAUGGCAUGAGGGAGGAUAAAAUACGUCAUUAAAGAGUGUAAAUAGUAUACUUUGUUUUGAGAUUUGGCUACAUCUUUGCCAAAAUCUACAUGGUUUAAAACGUGGUGGUUUGGAGGUCACUUGAGUGUCCUUCUGAGCGCUCCAAAUCCUAAUCCUAGUUUCUGAGUGUGAAGCAACAACAGCUUGAAAGGGAUGAGGAGAAGAGCAGAGCAGAGUUCGUACUCCGUCUCCACACUAGCAGGAUUUGAUUGGCUUUGUUCAACGCUUGGCGACGCCAUGGACCACGCGGUCUGGACCACGGCCCUGUCUGCUCUCCUGCUGAUGGCCGUGGUGGUCCUACUUUGCUACUUCACCUGCAGGCUGGGAGGGUCCCUGCCUCUGGGCGGGCCUGGGAACUUCUGAGGCUCUGCAGACAAGCUUCCUCGCUUUCCUCGCAGUCGCAGAUUCGAGGAAGAUAAAUCAACGCUGAGACGACAACAUGAAGUUAAAAGCGCAGCAACUCUUUAUCGUCUGCUGCGUCUUGUUUGCGGCGUGUUUGGGACAAGUCAACUUUCCUGAGCAAGAAAAGGAUCCUAACUUCUGGAGGUUGUGGGCCCAGCGCACCCUGCAGAACGCCCUGACACUGCAACGGCUAAACCAGAACAGAGCAAAAAACCUCAUCCUGUUCCUGGGCGAUGGGAUGGGCAUUCCAACGGUGACGGCCGCUCGGAUACUGAAGGGUCAGCUGAGCGGACAGUCUGGAGAGGAAACCCAGCUGGAGAUGGAAAAGUUCCCACAUGUGGCUUUGUCAAAGACAUACAACACCAACGCGCAGGUGGCGGACAGCGCUGGCACAGCCACAGCUUUCCUGUGCGGGGUCAAGGCCAACGAGGGCACGGUGGGCGUGAGCGCGGCCGCCGUGCGCUCGCAGUGCAACACCAGCCGGGGAAACGAGGUCACCUCCAUCCUCAAGUGGGCCAAGGAUGCAGGCAAGUCGGUGGGGGUAGUGACCACAACUCGCAUCAACCACGCCACGCCCAGUGCUGCCUACGCCCACAGCGUGGACCGAGACUGGUACUCCGACAACGAGAUGCCGGCGGAGGCGCUGCAGGCUGGCUGCAAAGACAUCGCAAGACAACUAUUUGAAAAUAUUCCAAACAUCGACGUUAUAAUGGGUGGAGGAAGGAAGUACAUGUACCCCAAAAACACCCCGGAUAUCGAAUACCCCAACAUUGGGAAACACAACGGCACGCGGAACGACGGCCGGAGCCUGGUGAAGGAGUGGGUCGACAAAAUGAAGGACAAAAAAGGCCGUUAUGUCUGGAACAAGUCACAGCUUUUAUCACUCAACCCCGGCAGCGUCAAUUACCUUCUCGGUCUAUUUGAACCCGCGGAUCUCAUGUACGACUUCGAGAGGAACCAGGACACGGAACCUUCACUCACAGAGAUGGUGGAAAUGGCCAUUAAGAUCCUCAGGAAGAACCCCAAUGGAUUUUAUCUGCUGGUAGAAGGAGGACGUAUCGACCACGCUCACCAUGAGGGCAAAGCCAAGUUGUCCCUGUACGAUGCCGUGGAAAUGGAUCGGUCAAUUGGCAGAGCGGGUCUCCUGACCAGCGAAUUCGAUACAAUGACCGUCGUCACUGCCGACCAUUCCCAUGUCUUCAACUUUGGAGGUUACACACACAGAGGAAACAGCAUUUUCGGCCUGGCCCCCGUGGUAAGUGAUGUUGACCAGAAGCCCUACACCGCCAUCGCAUAUGGGAAUGGACCAGGUUACAAGUUGGUCAACGGUGCAAGAGAGAACGUCUCCACCAUCAACUAUGACGACGCCCACUACAAUGCCCAGUCGGCCGUCCCUCUGAGCUCCGAAACGCACGGCGGCGAGGACGUGGCCGUGUUCGCCCGAGGUCCCAUGGCUCACCUGCUGCACGGCGUCCACGAGCAGAACUACAUCCCGCACGUCAUGGCGUACGCCGCCUGCAUCGGCAGCAACACAGCGCACUGCUCGGGCCAGAGCGGGACCGCCGCCGUGCGCCCCGUUCUUUCCGGCGUGGUCGCCGUGCUCGCAGUGGCACAACUUCUGUGCUGACAGCAGCUAACAAUUAGCCAUACCAUGUGGGCUUUUACUUUGAAAUUCCUCUUGUUUUGAGCACUAUGUUUGAACAUAACACAUUUAGAUUCGUCAGUCUGUAUAAUAACCCCGGAUGCACUGAUAUUGCCACACGAUCAGAGUCCUGUCAUAUUUUGUCUAUCUUGCUAACCUUUAGCGGGACAAUACGUUGUUGUGUUGACAUCUACCUCACUGGUGCAGCUAUGACAGGACAUGUGCUCAAAUUGUGUCGUUGUACUGUGCAAAAGUCUGAACUUAACAAGUUGACAGAGUGAAAGACAGUCGAGCAGGAUUACACACUCGAGUACGUAAGAAGGACGAGGGUCAAGCAAAAGAUGCAGAUUUUUAAUCAUUUGAGUCACUGGAGCGGUGGUGUCCAAAGACCGAGUUUUGUAAGAAAACGUUAGAAAAAUAGCACAAAAAUGUAAGUGUAAUGAGAAAAAGCUGAAUUGUUCAAACUAAUAGUAAUCAAUAAUACACUUAGUCAGCUAUAACACAAAAGUUUGUCGUUAAAUACACAAAACCCCAAACCAGUGAAGUUGGAACGUUGUCUAAUUUGUAAAUAAAAACAGAAAACAAUGAUUUGCAAAUCCUUUUCAACGUAUAUUCAAUUGAGACCGCAAAGACAAGAUAUUUAAUGUUCGAACUGAGAAACUUAAAUUUAUUUUUGCAAAUAAUCAUUAACUUAGAAUAUAAUGGCAGCAACACUUUGCAAAAAAGUUGGCACUGGGGCAUUUUUACCACUGUGUUACAUGGCCUUUCCUUUUAACAACACUCAGUAAACGUUUGGGAACUGAUGAGACACAUUUUUGAAGCUUUUCAGGUGGAAUUCUUUCCCAUUCUUGCUUGAUGUACAGCUUAAGUUGUUCAACUGUCCGGGGUCUCCGUUGUGGUAUUUUACACUUCAUAUUGUGCCACACAUUUUCAAUGGGAGACAGGUCUGGAUUACAGGCAGGCCAGUCUAGUACCUGCACUCUUUUACUAUGAAGCCACGCUGUUGUAACACGUGGCUUGGCAUUGUCUUGCUGAAAUAAGCAGGGGCGUCCAUGAUAACGUUGCUUGGAUGGCAAGAUAUGUUGCUCCAAAACCUGUAUGUACCUUUCAGCAUUAAUGGUGCCUUCACAGAUGUGUAAGUUACCCAUACCUUGGGCACUAAUACACCCCCAUACCAUCACAGAAGCUUGCUUUUCAACUUUGCGCAUGUUGCACAUGUUGCAGGCAUCAAAUUCCAAAUGAGCUAAUAUUUGCAAAAAAUUACAAAGUUUUCCAGUUCGAACGUUAAGUAUCUUGUCUUUGCAGUCUAUUCAAUUGAAUAUAGGUUGAAAAGGAUUUGCAAAUCAUUGUUUUCUGUUUUUAUUUACCAUUUACACAAGGUGCUAACGUCACUGGUUUUGAGGUUUGUAAUAAUGUUCAAAAAUACACUUAGUCAGCUAUAACACAAAGUUUUGUCUGUAAAUAUAAAUUAACUAAAAAAAUAUCAAAAUGGCCCCUGCCGACUUAAAUUUUCAGUAUGCGGCCCUUGGUGGAAAAGACACCCCUGAUCUAACAUAUUAGAAACUCCCAAGAUAAAAAUAUAAACAAAGUUUAGUUACUUAAUUAAAAUAGAAAAGUAAUACUAAUGAAUGAAUUUGAAAAAUGACAACAACAAUAAUAAACUAUGAUAUAUGGGGAACUGAACAUUAAUAUUUUAUUAUCCUAUUCUUGCAGCGGAAAAAUAACAUGAAAAAGAAUGUAAUGAGAAAAAGCUGAAAUGUUGUAACAAAUAACAAAAUACUUGGUCACCUAAAACAAAAAGUUGACACAAAGUUGUGUCUUUGAACAUACAAUACUGUAUAUAAUCAAUCAAUCAAUCAAAAUGUAUUUAUAUGGUCCUUAAUCAUAAGUGUCUCAAAGGGCUGUACAAGCCACAACGACAUAUAUAAAUACAAUAACAAAAUGGCCCCUGCACACUUGGAUUUUCAGUGGAAAAAGACAUCCCUGAUCUAAAAUAUUAGGCGCUCUCGGAAUAAAUAUAAACCUAUAAAUAAAGUAGUGAAUGUUAUUUACGAACUUAUGAAAAAGCACCCACCUGUUCCCAAUUUGCCUGUUCACCUGUGGGAUGUUCCAAAUAAGUGUUUGAUGAGCAUUCCUCAACUUUAUCAGUAUUUAUAUUAUUAAAAUCAUUUCUUCCAAGGGGGGAAAAACAGUAAAAAUGGAAGGAAAAAAGCUAAAUUGUUCUAACUAACGAUGAUAUACUUAGUCACCUAACACACAAAGUUGACACAAAGUUGUGUCUUUAAUAAUACCUGUUUAGCUUUUUUUUUUAACAAAAAAAUAUCAAAAUGGCCCCCGUAUAAUGUGACUUUUCAGUUUGCGGCCUUUGGUGGAAAAAGGUUUGGACUUCCCUGCACUAGAACAUCAUCCUCCCUUGGGGGGGUCUGCACGACCCUCCAUGACAUGCUUGUUGUGUAAAAACAACACAUCCCUCUUAAGACUUCUGCACGCUAUGACGUGAAUAAAUGGACACCAACUUUUGUAGUGUUAACUGUUUCGAAACCAACAUUUCUAAUUUCUUGUACUUUUCCAUCACCCCUGUGGUUGUAGUGAGCCAUGUCCUAGAAUUGUCCGUCUGCUGGCACAAUGGCGGGCUCCUCACGCUGAACGCAGCAAAAAAAGGGUUUCUUCCAGACUGUAUUUUUUUCCCCAUUUUAUUAAACAAUCAACAUGAAAGUUCCAACAUCUUCCUUUCUUCACACAACUACAGCAUGUGUGAAGACUACAAGGUCAUAUUUCCACUUCAAAACUUACAAUAAAAUACAAAAAAUGUUC